UCACGUUUCUCUUUCGCGUCCAUAUCAUCUCCACCACUCCACCUUGUCCCAGCUCCUUUAAUUCACGAACGUCUAUCCCUCCCACAUGCACCCAGUGAUCAAUAUAUCUCUCCUAUCUCUCUCUCUCUCUCUCUCUCUCUGUGAAGUACUUGGAAUGCUUCGAACUUGUAAUUUGUUUUACUGAUCGAGACUUCUAUAUAUAUAUUUUCGUUAACUUGGAUAAACCUCGGAAGCCAAACGUACUUGUUAAUUAAAACAUCAUGAAUUGCCCGGUAGAUUGGCCCGAGCCAAUUGUUCGCGUCCAAUCCUUGUCCGAAAGUGAAGUACCAGUGAUUCCAGACCGAUACAUCAAGCCGCCACUUGAAAGGCCAACCGCAGCUAAACAAACUGAUGCUAGCGAUGUUAAUAUCCCAAUUAUCGAUCUUCAAAGCUUGGACGGAGACGAUCAUGAUCUUCGUGCCACCAUACUUGGCCAAAUAUCUGAGGCUUGUCGAAAGUGGGGUUUCUUCCAAAUCCUCAACCAUGGAGUUAAUCCCCAACUACUGGACCGUGCCCGAGAGGUUUGGCGCGAGUUCUUUCACUUGCCAAUGGAGAUAAAGCACGUUUAUGCUAACUCACCGAAAACUUAUGAAGGGUACGGUAGCCGACUUGGGGUGGAAAAGGGUGCCAUUCUUGAUUGGAGUGACUACUACUAUCUGCACUACCUUCCAUUAUCGUUGAAGGAUUGCAACAAAUGGCCUGCCCUCCCGGCUGAUUGCAGGGAAGUGCUCGAUGAGUAUGGGAGAGAACUAGUGAAGCUGUGUGGGAGAUUAAUGAAACUUUUGUCUAUAAACCUUGGAUUGGAAGAGGAUGUUCUUCAAAACGCAUUCGGCGGCCAAAAUAUUGGAGCCUGUCUAAGGGUGAACUUUUAUCCAAAGUGUCCACAGCCUGACCUGGCCCUUGGUUUGUCAUCCCACUCGGACCCAGGUGGCAUGACGCUGCUCCUUCCAGAUCAUCAAGUUCCCGGCCUUCAAGUCCGUAGAGAAGACGAAUGGAUUACUGUCAAACCGGCUCCCCACGCUUUUAUCGUCAAUAUUGGCGACCAAAUUCAGGUUAUUAGCAAUGCAAUAUACAAGAGCGUGGAGCAUAGAGUGAUUGUAAAUGCAGCCAAAGAGCGGGUCUCCCUCGCUUUCUUCUACAAUCCGAAGAGUGAUAUACCCAUAGAGCCAGUAAAGGAGCUUCUCGCACCGGAUAAACCUGCUUUAUACGCACCCAUGACAUUCGAUGAAUAUAGGCUUUUCAUAAGAACGAGGGGUCCUCGUGGAAAAUCCCAAGUGGACUCACUCAAGUCUCGAUGACAUGAUCAUGAUCAGUUUCUUCCACUGUUGUAAAUGAUCCCAGCUAGCUAGCUAGCUAGCCUGGCCUCAUGAUCCCCGGCCCCCUAACUAUCGAUUCAAAUAUUCUACAUGCAUCUUGUAAAGGUACGUACUACGUACUAGUAUAUAAUAUAUGAAUAAUAUUAGAUACA